CAAAUACAAGAAAGAUAUUCAAUUGUUACAGAUAGAGGCAAUACACUAUAAAGAUGCAGUUAAGGCGCUUACUGUCUAUUCCUUUCUGCGCUCCACUGAUACUCUGAAAGGAAGCGUGAUAGCGACCGGAAGUACUUCACAAGUUGGUCAUACCGCUUGCACUUUACGACAGAAACAUUUUUACGGUACCAUCGUUGUGGUUUACGGUAGCGCCGGUUCAGCACGUAACGAAUACUAGAAGGGAAGGAAGAUUAAGUUGAUCGUCGGAUCAUCGUCCUAGGCUAUUUUAGACGAUGCAUAAAAGGACAUCCCGUUAUCGUGGUUGAAUGCUAUAUACCCUGUUGUGGAGGCUUAGCGUCAAGCACAUGCUCUGGCUUUAACCUGACAACUGAGGUACGACUUUUCUCCCGGCAUGAUAUGCAAUAUUAGCUAACUUGUCAAUAGUAAUUCCACAUCGUGUCUGGCAUAUACUCUUCACAAUCAUGCCUAUUCAGCUGACGAGUCAAGCGUACUGUAAAAUGAUCUUACACGCUGCCAAGUAUCCUCACAACGCAGUGAACGGCUUGCUGGUGGCAGAAAAAGCCAAGGAGAAAAAGAAAGACAGUCACCACACCGACCCUGUCUUGUGCGUGGACUGCGUGCCGCUCUUCCAUUGCACUCUGGCUCUCGCACCCAUGUUGGAAGUUGCUUUAACACUGAUCGAUACUUGGUGUAAGGAAAAUAAUUACGUCAUUGCUGCCUACUAUCAAGCCAACGAACGCACAAAGGAUUCAAGACCCAACCAGGUUGCGGAAAAAGUGGGAGCAAGGAUUUCUGAGAACUUCAGUGAAGCUGCAAUUGUUAUGAUGGACAGCAACAGGUUAAAAAUGAGCUGCAAGGAGCCCAUUGUCCUUAUUUAUGAUCAUCAAGAAAAUAAAUGGAAAAGCAGAGACGUCACUGUCGACUCCUUCGAGGACUGGAGUGAAGCCCAGAAGAUCACAUCAGCUCUUCUAGAGGGAAGGUCGUACGAGGAUUUGAUUGACUUUGACAAUCACUUGGAUGACCUCAGAAACGACUGGACCAACCCAGUGAUCAACAAGUCCGUCCUGGAUCUGUGCUAAGAGGCGCUUGGAGGUUGCUGCCAUUGCCACUUGACAUGUGGCACAGGAGCACACGACACUCCAUACAGUUCCGGGUCCAAGAGUUCUGCUGCCGUCCAGAACUUGUGAACCUUCUGUUUCUCAAGGACAACGUGGAAAUGUUUCAGAGAAAUAUGGCUGAAUGCAUUUUUUAAAAAAAGAAUGCUGUGUCUUAUUUCCCAGUUGAGAGUAUAAAUUAAAUGUCUAGAAUAUUUUAAUAAAUUUUCUUCUCCUUUACAUUUAUAUUACAAUAAAGUCUGAAUUUUAGUUGAUUGUACUCCCACUGAGAUUAAAAAUAGAGAUUUGUUACAUUUCACACAUACAUAGUAGCUGUCAUCUUUGAUACAAAACAAACUACUAAAUAUUUGUCUUUUGCAUGAACACCAGCAAUGGCUGUUUUUUAAAAAGUAAUUCAGAAAGCCUCUGUUUUUUUUUUAUCAAUUCAUUCUGCUUGAUUGAUAAUUUCAUCCUAAUUGAGCCCUCUCAAUUCUGUUAAUUAAAGAACGAAUUAAAUCAUGCGGCGCAGUAAUUUUAAUAUGACCAUACAACUAUUUGUCAGCCAUAGCCAGUAACUGCAGUAUGGUGUGCUCAUUACGUUUUAACAGAUUUAUUUGAGCUGAUUGUACAUAUUGGAGAUGGAACUUUUUCAUGCUACUUGUCUAGGACUGCCUUAUUAGGAAAACGUUAAGAAUGAUCACAUGCCACCUUCAAGAAAAUAUGAAUCAAUAGUUUGUAUUUUGAUUUGUGUGCAUUAAAAUGAUCAAGGAUUGCAUUA